AUGGAUUAUUCGAAGUUUGAGAAACUAACGAUUUCUGACGACGAGGAUGAAACAAAUAUUUUUGUGGAUCUCAUUAAAAAAGAAAAGGCUAAAGUGCUGGACUUAUAUGACAAAUCAGUUGAUAUUUAUGAGCGUUUGGUUAUAAUAAAACUUGAAGUUGCAAAGUUUGAAACGAUUCUAUGUGAACUAUAUAAACGCCCGUAUAUCGAUGGUAAUGCCCAAUUGAAAAUUGAGAAACAUUGCAGUAAAAUUGAAAAGCUCGAAAAAGAAAUAAAAGCUAAAGUUUCAGCAUUGUCCUUUGAAUUGGUAGUGACAAGCGGUGUUAUAUUAUAUGACAUGCCACUGAAAAGUGCAUCUCAUUAUGAAGUGUUUGCGAUGCUCAGUGAUGAGUACAAUCAAAAAGUACAAUAUUUCGCUAAAAAUAAUGCAAAGUUGUGCCAGGAAUAUAGUUCCUUGUCCUCUUUAACUGAAACUGGACGAUUUUUUCAUGCUCAUCCACAGAUUGUAUGUAGUGAGGCAACAAGUUAUAUGUUGACUUGGAUUUUCAAAGUUCGCGCAACUAAAGACGUUGCCAAAACACGCAGAGCAAUUUUUCAGUUCUUAGUUUUGGAAUACUUACUGACUAUGAGUGAGGAAACUCCAGUUGUAAACCCAAAACGAUUGGUAGAUCAAUGCUUAAGCGACAUAUAUAAUGCAAUCAAAUUCCUUCAAAAGGUUGAAGAAUUUAAUAAGACAUUGACUUUCUUUGAGGGUUUUAUGAUUUCUGAUCAUGAUUAUUUCUAUAUAGAAGUUGCAUGUCAUAGUAGUUUAAUUACUCAGUUUUUAAAAGUGCCGCCAACAGAGGCUUCCAAAACUCAUUUCUUAAAUGACAUGAAGUUACGCCGUUUUUUUUCCGACAAACCUCUGUUUUCACAUGUAGGAAUGAAAUCGAAUUCAACUGAUAAUGGAAGCUGGAAGAAUGCAGAUGAGAACGAAGAAAAUGUUGUGGAAGAAGAAACUAUUGUGAAUGACGCAAAUGUUGUUAAAGAAGAAAAU